AACAGCUGAUCAAUGCCGGUCGACCACUAUUUGACAUUUCUUUACCCCUGCAAAAUCAGUAAACAAAAAUUCUAGUUGCUUUUUUAUACUGCGGUAUUUGUAAGCUAAAUCUACAAUUUCAUUGAAGACAAGUCAUUAUUCCCAAUUUCGAUCAAUUUUUCCUAUAAUGGAAGGUAACGGCGAUGAAGAAAUCAGCAAUCAGGACCCAUUACCUCUUGAACGUUCCGGCUCAGUGCGUGAAAUUGGCAACCAAGCUGUGUGGAGUUUAUCGUCUUGCAAACCGGGAUUUGGCGUUGAACGUCUGCGUGAUAAUAUUAUUGACACAUAUUGGCAGUCGGAUGGUCAACUGCCGCACCUUGUCAAUGUACAAUUCCAUCGCAAGACGCGAAUCAGUGCUGUUUAUUUGUAUGCCGACUACAAACUCGAUGAAAGCUAUACGCCGUCGCGUAUUUCUUUAAGGACCGGCUCAAACUUUAAUGACUUGCAAGAACUGCAAAACCAUGAACUUUUCGAACCAACAGGUUGGACUGCCAUACAUGUAGAAAAUGGUAAAUCUCGGCCCGUGCGCAUAUACAUGUUGCAGAUUGCAAUCGUGGCGAAUCAUCAAAAUGGUCGGGACACACAUUUACGGCAGAUACGCAUACACGCGCCAGUUGAGAAUUCAAAGGAGAAAUUCACUUCUAUUAAUUUUAAGAAAUACGAUAGUAUACGAUGAAAAUAUUGGCGCAACAAAGUGUGUAAAAACUCAAAUGUUAUUUUUUAAUUUUUUAGCGUACUUUAAAAACUUACCGCUAAAUAGUGCUUUUCUAACAAUAAAAUCAUUCUGAAUUGUAUGUAUCAAGUUCA